AUGAACAGCGAGUUGCACGUCUUGAUCAUCGGUGCCGGCCUUGGUGGUUUAACACUUGCCCAAGGUCUUCGCAAGCAGGGCAUCAGCUUCCAGAUUUUUGAGCGUGACGCCAGCGCCGAAGCAAGAGGCCAAGGAUACGCCGUUGGACUUCACGAUCCAGAAAAGCUCUUUGGUGGCUCUCUUCCUGAUGAAGUCUUUUCAUCCGUUCGAUCAUCAUGCCACCUCCUUCCUCUCCAGCUGCCGUCAUGUCUAGCCAUGUUCUUUCCGGAUGGGCGGGCAGGGUACGUGACAGAUAGCCCGGAGACACCUUGCUUGCGAGCCCACAGGUUACGGCUGAGGCAGGCUUUGGCUCGCGAUCUGGAUAUCCAGUGGGGAAAACGGGCGCAGAGGAUCGAGGAGGGGGAGGAUAAGGUGACGGUUUGGUUUGAGGAUGGGACACAUGCCGAGGGGACCAUUCUCGUGGGGGCUGAUGGGACUUUUAGUGCUGUCCGCCCACACGUCCUCCAGAAACCCAACUCGGAGGUCUUGGAGGUCUCAACCUCUUCGACGCUCACCAUGGGCGAGUGUCGACUUGACCGUGCUAAUAUGGAGAGUCAGCUCCAACUGGCUUAUUCGUGCUACGUCGCGUAUGGCCCAGACUUUAUCCUCUUCAGCGGUCUCAACCGCGUCAGCGAUGAUGGAUCGUAUGGAGACUACUACUGGAUGAUGGUGGAAAGUCGAGAAGUGGGCGAUGAUCACUGGGUCAAGACGGGCACGGCAGAAGAGAGGCUGCGGAAGUCGAAGGAGAGGAUACAGGCGCUGAAUCCCAAGUUCAGGGUCACGGUGGAGAAGACGGAGGUGGAGGGCUUGAAGAAGGUGGUGGCAUGGUACGAUGCCCUGAUUGAGGAUAUUCCUCCAGUCAAUAGGGUCAUUUUGAUCGGGGAUGCCGCUCAUCCGAUGACGCCGGCUCGCGGGGAAGGUGCAAAUCACGCAAUCAAAGACGCAGUCGGCCUAUCCAAGCUUCUCGCCGAAAACAAAGAUCAGCCGAUCGAUAUUCUCCGGCAAAAGCUGGAUGAGCUCCAGCGAAGCCUGGUAAGCGAAGGCAAUCAAGCGAUUUUGCUGGCGCGCCAGGUGAUGGCCAAGGCCCGUCAGAGAGAAAGGGUAGAAAAGCCCAUGGUUUGGGGCCAUGAGGUGAAGAUUGUGGAUGAGGCGGUGCCGUUGCCUCUUGAGCUUAAGUAAGGGGUUCGGGAGAAUUAAUCAUUAGCACGUUUAGCGAUCGUGUCAUUCGUGCUUGAAAAACAAAUAGCCAAGCUUCCGCACCUUUCAUCCAUCGUCAAACCAUGCAGGAACUCAGCGCUUGAUAUCCGCGAUGUUCAGUGAGUGGAGGGCGAU